AUGUGGUCUUUGAUCAUUGUUCAAACUAUUGACAGCAGCCGCGGACAGAGGGUUCUCAAAACGCUCGAUAGCACGCUCGAUGUUUCCGGUCCGUCGUGGACUCACUUCAUUACUGCAGCGACACAAGGCAUUGCGCGAAUGUGGAUUCUGAUCGUCGCUAGCCUAAUAACCAUCUUCACGGUUGUGACAGUGAUCAUGUCAAACCGCUACUACUGGCUGCGCAUCUCGCCCCCCGGAGCCCUCCUUCUCAUUGAAACAGCGUCCGUAACCUUCACUAUUACAGCUUUCGCCUGCGCCCUAAGUCUGUCUCUCACUCUUGAAGCCUUCAACGCACGCCCGUGGCCUGCGAUAUACUUCACCGACCUGUCCUUCUUCUCGACCCUCAUACCCCUCAGCAAAUGCCUCAUAAUCGUCGCCUCCACCUCCCUCGGCCUACUUCUAACGACGCUCGUCGCACAUCUCACCAGCUUCCUCCGCCACCGGGCCAAAGCAAAAGACAUACGGUCUUUCGAGCCCACCGUCUCGGCGCUGGGCAUGAGCCACGGUUUCCACGCCCUCCACCCUCCACCGCGGACAGCCCGUGCACCCAUACCGACUAUGUACGACCCAUACCGCGCGUUUAAGAAGGGGCCUGGAGUGCAGCGACAAGGAUCGUUACCGGAUUUCCUAGCUCCCCCGCCAGACCUUCGAUCUGGGACUCUGCGAUUAGGGUCUUCACGGGGAGAUGUGGCGUCGAAGCGUGUUGGAUUUACGGACGAGGGGGCGUGGAUGGCGCGCACGUCUGAUUCGCGGUGGAGCGUGAGCACGGCGAGUCCGAGAAGGAUCGAGGGGGACAUUAUGAGGUUGUUGGAAGUAAGGAAGUCGAAGGACGUGAAGAAGUCGCGGAGAGCGGUGUCGGUGAGGCCGGCGAGCGUUGUAUGGUACGGAACAGAGAUUGUGCAUGCUUUGUAG